CUUGCCUCAAACCCUCAUCUGCCCGUCCAGCUGCAGGAUGGUUCAAGGCGCACCGAAAGGCUUGCAGAACAAGAAAGGGCAGUCGUCAAGACAGGUGGCCAAGGCGGCGGCGCAGACCAAGAAGGGUAAGCGUUAUGUUGCACCAAAAAAAACGGCCGCAGUGAAGAGUGCGGCGCUGCACAAGGAGCUCAGUGCGAAGAUUAACAAGAGUAUUGAGCAACAGGUCGCUGCUGCUGCCUCAACUGGCAAGCUGACUAUCAUGAAGAAUGUCGCGAUGGAAGGCUUGUCUGAAAAAGACAAGGCCAAAGUCAAGAAGUAAAGUCUUACCCAGCGACCAUACAUGUCCGUCUACAAGGGAUUACAAGACAAAGCAGCAUAUAUGCGUCCAACCACGAAUAAUUGCUGUCUCUUUGCUUUCAAGGCUAGCCGGAUAUCUCUGCUUAUCUAGUUGGAUAGGGCACCCCCAAGAGAUGCUGCCGUGCAUGUGAUGUUGCGUUCGGACUGCGGCGGAAUGGCAACGAAACGAUGCAGAUGCUGCAUUUGCACAAUGCAACGAGCGUGCGCCGGAAUUUGAUCAUGCUGGUGUCUCGACGCCGUUGAAUACGUAGUGAAACCGUGUCGCAGAGGGUAUACUAGUCCGUAGUUGGAAACAUAUCUUGCGUCUGUACCUACAGCAUCCAAACUAUCUCUCUUAACGGCUC